UGUGCCAAAAGAAACCUUAGUAUCGGUAGAGGCAGUUGGCAGAUGGGCAAAUUACCCAAUUAAUUGUCGGUUUUUAUUAAAUAUUUUUUUUACUGCUCAGAAAUCGGCGCUGUAUUUGUCAAUUGAUAAGCAUUGGCAAAUUGAAAUUGUGAAUAGGCUGAAUAAUAUUUCAAGCUGUUCCUUUUUUAACCUAAAGUGUGUGUCAAGUUCGGUUAAUUUUAAAACAUUCAAAUAUCCAUUAAUUGGAAUAUAUUGGUCGGCGAAUAUUAUUUCAGUGUGCUAACAACCAACGGCAAAUUCAUCGGCACCGUUUAAGACUUUUUCCCCCACCAACUGCCUUAAUUUAAAUCACUUCAGGAUGAUACCGCUUCUGAAGAAGAUCAGUGGCUUUUACAACUCCUACGUGCUGGGCAUUCUAACAAUUGGAUACAUACUGGGCGAGUUGGGACACUACCUGAUUGGCGUGACCUCAAAACAGACUGCAAUUGAGCUGGACUAUGGUGACCAUGCAUGCCAACAGAACAACACCAUGUUUAAUCGGCACGAGCUACCCACGCAGUGCGCAGAUGUGGCCAACGAAAGUAGCUGCUAUGCCUUGGAUAUAAACAGCACUGGUUAUUGCGAGUGGAACUACAAUGGCCUGGGCAUCGACUACCAAAUCCUGGCGGGGCCCACUUUCAUACUUGUAUUCACAAUUGCAGGUGUCUUUAUGGGCUUCGCGGCAGACAAAUACAAUCGUGUCAAGAUGCUGACUGUGUGCACGGUAAUAUUUGGCAUAGCCAUCAUACUGCAAGGCACAGUGAAAGAGUACUGGCAGCUGGUCCUGCUGCGCAUGGUCAUGGCCGCGGGCGAAUCUGGAUGUAAUCCUCUGGCAACAGGCAUUAUGUCAGACAUCUUUCCGGAAGACAAGCGUGCUCUAGUUAUGGCAAUUUUUAACUGGGGAAUAUACGGUGGUUAUGGCAUUGCCUUUCCCGUGGGUCGUUACAUUACUAAGCUGAACUUUUGGAAUCUCGGGUGGCGUGUUUGCUAUCUUGGUGCCGGUGUACUAACCAUCAUUGUGGCUGCUCUCACCGGCGCUACUCUUAAGGAGCCAGAACGUAAGUCCAUUGGUGAAGGUGAUCAUCAAACAGCCAGUGGAAAACCCAUUUCGCUUUGGAAAGUUAUUAAAAAUCCAGCAAUGAUCAUGCUGAUGAUUGCGGCCUCGAUACGUCAUUGCGGGGGCAUGACAUUUGCCUACAACGCUGACCUUUACUAUAACACCUACUUUCCUGAAGUAGAUCUGGGCUGGUGGUUAUUCGGCGUAACCAUUGGUAUUGGUAGUGUAGGUGUCGUGGUCGGUGGCAUAGUAUCGGACAAGAUUGUUGCCAAAAUGGGCAUACGCUCGCGUGCAUUUGUCUUGGCUGUAAGCCAGCUGAUUGCAACACUGCCGGCCUUCGGCUCAGUGUACUUUGAUCCAAUGUGGGCCAUGAUCACACUAGGCCUGAGCUACUUCUUCGCUGAAAUGUGGUUCGGCAUAGUAUUCGCUAUUGUUGUCGAGAUCGUACCGUUGCGUGUCCGCUCCUCGACCAUUGGCGUGUUUUUGUUUGUCAUGAACAACUUUGGCGGCAAUUUGCCAAUUUUGGUGGAUCCGGUGGCCAAAGUUUUAGGCUACCGUGGCUCGAUUAUGAUUUUCUAUGCAGGCUUUUAUGGCAUCAGCUCAGUGCUCUUCUUCAUCACCUGCUUCUUGCUUGAGGGCAAAGCCGAUGGUACUAACCAGGAGACACAAAAGGGCGAUCUAGAUGACGUUGACAACGCUCGUCGUACGCUUGGGCAUGACAAUGCUGUAUUCACCGUCGAUGAGUCACUUCCCUCCAAUGGGCGGCCAGCCAUGCUUCCUCAGCACCUGCAAAUGUCGAACAAUGGAUACGAUAAGUCGCAACAAAUGUUGCGUCACAAUAUUAGCAAUGUUGCAAUGAGCCCACAACACGAGAGUAGCAGACUGUAGUAAUAUAUCGCGGGUAGGCCAACGUCAAAAAAUCCAAUCAUAUACAUAUGUAUAGCAUACUUAAGGAUUUGCAUAUAUAUUUUUUUUACUAUUUUCUAAAUUAAGUUUUAAGCAACAUAUCUGUAAUGGCCCAAAAUGCUUCAUAUAAUCCUACUUUGUUUAAAUAUAUAAAAUUUAUAUUUUAUAUACGAGUAUACUUAUCGGAAUAUGAAGCCAAACGUAAACUAUUAUUAAAAUUGUUUUGUUAAUCAAA